AUGAAGAGAAAGAUAGAUUUGGUUGAAGAAGAACACGAGAGUGAACAUGAAGAAAGCGAAAGUUCUGUUGAUGAAAGCGAGGAUGAAGAACCGAGAAUAAAAGAAGAACCAAGAAUAAAAGAUGUUUUGAGUCAUCUUUCCCGCGCAGUGCCGGAAAAGCGUGCUUCUGAUUUGCUGCAUAGUAUGGCUGCGUCCAAAGAUAUUCUUUUCUGGACUCCCAGUGGACAAUUACGUCGAAAUAAACGCACUAUUCCCGUCACAAACAUCGCUGAGCUAGUUGAGUAUGUGUUACUCCCUCAUAACAAUGAGGUUACCAAGCCUCGUACGCUGAAUACGUUUCUAGAUGGACUUGUUUUCCCUUCACCACCACCACCGCCACCACAUUUCUAUUGUUUUUCCUCCACCGCCACAUUUCUAUUGUUUCCUUUCCACCACCACCACCACCGCCACCACAUUUCUGUUGUUUUUCCUCCACCACCACCACAUUUCUAUUGUUUUCCCUUCACCACCACAACCACCUCAUUUCCAUUGUUUUCCCUCCACGAGAUUCUAUAAGAGACUACCAACUGCCAUUCUUAGUUCAUUUUGUAGCAAUGUCUCGUGUAGUCAACAACAAGCGUGGUUUUCUUCAAGUAUUAGCUGACUGCCCUGCUUAUCAGCGCCAGUUUCUUGUAAAGACAGCUACUCCACAGCAGCUACAUGCACUAGUCCAAGUCUUAUACAGUAUAGUCAUGGGACACAUUCCCAUCCUCGAAGAAAAUAAGCGGAUAUUGCCGCCAUAUAAGGAUGCCUUACUUAACCUGGCCAGUCCAAAUGUCCCUUACAAAACAAAGAAGCGAGUCCUUGUACAAGAGGGUAGUGGUUUUAUUGAAGAUGUAUUAGCCCCUGUUGUUUCAAGCUUAGGAUUUCUAAUGCUAUAAGAGAGGUGACGCAACGGCAAGUUGAUCAUUUGAUGCUAAGUCUGUCACGGUUACUCAUCAAAAUGAAGAGAAAGAUAGAUUUGGUUGAAAAAGAACACGAGAGUGAACAUGAAGAAAGCGAAAGUUCUGUUGAUGAAAGCGAGGAUGAAGAACCGAGAAUAAAAGAAGAACCAAGAAUAAAAGAUGUUUUGAGUCAUCUUUCCCGCGCAGUGCCGGAAAAGCUUGCUUCUGAUUUGCUGCAUAGUAUGGCUGCGUCCAAAGAUAUUCUUUUCUGGACUCCCAGUGGACAAUUAUGUCGAAAUAAACGCACUAUUCCCGUCACAAACAUCGCUGAGCUAGUUGAGUAUGUGUUACUCCCUCAUAACAAUGAGGUUACCAAGCCUCGUACGCUGAAUACGUUUCUAGAUGGACUUGCAGAGUUAGGAAUCGAUUAAGGUUUAAUCAAGAACAAAAAGUUGUUAAGUGAAUUAAUAGAAAAGGAAAACGGCUACCAAAAUGUAGAAAAUACUUCCGAUAACGAGAAUAAUAAUGAGGAGAGUUCAUCGGAUAUUGAAAAUCAGGAGGAGGAGAAAGUGGCUUCUGAGAAUGGCGUUGAAGCUGAAGGCUCCCAAGAGAGCGACAACGACACUGAAAACGACAUUCAGGAAACAGAAAGUAGUAGCCCUGAAACGUCCACCGCCUUUCACUCUAAAAGUCCCUGUGAA